AUGCCAUCCCGACCAACCCGCCCGAAACGCACCAUAGGCAUCUCCCUAAAACUCUACUUCACACCAACCCAAACGAUAACCUACUACCACUCCCUCGCCCCACUCAUCACCCUCGCAGCCAGCAAAAACAUCCAUUUCUUCCUCAUACCCUCCAUAGUCUCCCUCCCGCUCUUACUCCAACUCAACGAUCCCUCGAAUCCAACCUUUCAACUCGCCACAUCUCCAUCCAAGCAAGACAUUAGAACGGAGCACAAGGUCAGUCUCGGAGCACAAGACUGCUCGGCAUUCUCAAGUGGGGCUUACACAGGGGAAAUCUCACCCCUCGAGCUCUCGCUGCUGGGUUGUUCGCUUGUAGAGCUAGGACAUGCUGAGCGAAGAAGACUCUUUGGGGAGACGGAUGAGAAAGUAGCUUCCAAAGCUAAAUCUGUGUUGGAGAAUGGUAUGGUACCAUUGAUAUGUAUUGGGGAGAAGAACCAUGGGUCUAUCGAAGAUGCAGUGGUAGAGUGUAGACCGCAGGUUACAUCGAUCUUGGAUUUCCUUGAUAUCGUGGAAAGAGAAAAGGGAGUAGCGGAAGAUGAGAAGAUGGAGGUUAUUUUCGCAUACGAACCUGUUUGGGCUAUUGGACAGGCUGCUCCGGCGAGUGCGGAGUAUGUUGUAGAUGUGGUUAAGAAACUGAGGGGAAUUUGUGAGGAGAGAGGAAGGAACGAGAUUAGAUUUUUGUAUGGAGGGAGUGCUGGGCCUGGGACGUUUGAGGGGAUGAAAGAAAGUGUCGAUGGGCUUUUCUUGGGGAGGUUUGCGCAUGAUAUUGAGAGUGUGAGGGGAGUGAUUGAAGAGGUUGGUCAAUAGAGCCGAGCUCUGUUGAACACGAGUUUCGCGAGUCGCUUGUUUUUAGAUUCUCGAAAGCGCCAUCUCAGCUGGUAGUAUGAUGAGGGCACAGAGCAGAGAUGUGGUGGACAGGAAAAUCAAUGGCGGUAGUAAAUAGCCCACUGACAGCCGCAACUGAAUUACAGGAGGUCUGCAAAUGUGAUGAUGAUCUUGAGAAAUCAGAACGGUUACUCGAACACGUCGAACAAUUUUCUCGCAAAAGGAACAAUAAGUGCCUGGCUCACUCAAGCUUGCAGAGUGUGAUUCUGCCCUAGCGGCCGCGCAUCGAGGCAAAGGUUGAGGUCGUUCCUUCCCUAAGAAAUGGACCACUUUUCUAUUCACUCCACUACCCUUGCUCCCGCGCUCUUCGCGUCCCAGAAUCAACUCCAGACAUCUAAUAUUACCGCCCGCACCUGAAGAACCAGAAAUAAUAGAAGAUUAUCAACCACAUAUAAAUAAAAAAUGGCAAAAAACAAGCCCCGCGGGCUCGGACUAACUCUGCAUCCCUACAUCUCCUUGGCGUUCAGGAAGUUGGUUUAUCUCACAAAUCAGUGGCAGCUUCAUCUGCCCAUCUAGGCCAUUUGACCCAGUGGCAGGCACACUGUAUCCAUUUCGACUGAUUUGCUGGGAGAAGAUGUGGCAUUUGUUCUUAUAAAAUUGUGGAGCCUCUGGGUAAUUCUCGGGUAACCACAGCGCUCAGCGGCGUUUGCACCUUCGUCCAGGCUCGAGUCACUCGACAUCGUUCCUGACUUUGCAUCCUCGUUCUCGUCUGUGAGUCCCGUCGCGCUACUAUUGUCCAUGGUGGGAGGAGGCCAAAGGUUUAGAGAAGGAAGGUAGGACCAGUGUCUACUACCAACUCCCAACCACGAGGAGAGCAGAGAAGGAACCUUAGGCACGACUGAACUCUUGUCCGCUCCGGAUUCCAAAUCUCCCCUUGCGCCCUCUCUUAUCCCUCCCUCCCGUAUACACACCUUUUCGGCGUCAAGAACUGAUCUCUUUUCUCAGGCUGAGAUGCCUGGAUGCUCUCGUGAUAUGUUCUCUGCUUUGGAAUGCAUACUCUCGUCGUCAUUGUGCUGUUGCCUUCGUCCCAAGCUGGUGUUUUGCCUAGCAAUUAAGAACAACAGCCAGUGCUGCACAGCAGCACUGCACAGCAGCAACAAAGUUAAGGCUAUCAGAAAGAAAGGAUGCUUAGUAGAUACAUAAGGCAAGGCGGUCUUACCUCAUCGUCCUGUCGGCUUGAGGCAUCAAGGGAUGCCUAAUGUUCUAUACCCAGCGUGAAAUGAACAGCGAAAAGGAGCCAUUUAUAGUUUUAAACAAAUAGACAUUCUUGGAGAAUAUAGUCUCGAUCGAUCCUCGUACCAGAGAACCAUGGUAUUGCUUUUUUCUUGGAGUAUUCCGUGACAAAGUCCGCAUCCGGUAAAUGGUACACGGACAACCGAUUUACUCGCACAGCUCCGAGCUUCCGAGAUAAAUAGAUCGGAACACUAUUUUCCUCGCAGCAAAUCACAUCUUGUUGGGACCUGAAAGUGGAGUGAAAGAUCAUCAUUUGGUCGUUGAUUUACGCCGUGGCUUGAGCUUAGUCCACACCCGCAGCCCACAACCAAUCACAAAGCGGUCCGCGCUGACCUUUAUUUUCGUCUGUUAUUCUCGACGGCUGUGUCAACGUGAAUGAUUCCAUUGGCCUCGCUGAGCAAUCGAAUACGUGUUUGAUUACUUACCUCAUGGCAUAGUUCUUGUAUCUAAGUACCGACCUGAUUAUCAAGCAGCUAUUAAGCUUCGGGAAGCCUAUUGGUGAAAGCUGUGUUGCCAACCCAAGAGGGUGGGAACCGUAGCAGUCCGGCUCCCAUGGGGAAAUAUUAAAGGUCUGGAGCUCCCCUCCCUCGGUAGCUUGUUUUAUUUCUUAACCAUCUACUUUAAUACUUCGAUCCCCCUUCACACUAGGUAGUUUUCUCCUGCUCGUCCAUCCCUUGACGACUACAUACUACUCUACAGAAAUAAGAAGUGCAAACAAACGCAAAAAUGACAAAUACCGUUGUCAUUCUAGGGGCAUCCUUUGUUGGAAUCUCCAUAGCUCACAACCUUCUCAAGCAUACACUCUCUGGUGUCAAGGACUUGAAAGUGGUAUUGGUCGGACCAAAUACCCACAUCUACUGGAAUCUUGCUUCCGUUCGAGCAGUUGUGCCUGGAGCACUGAGCGAUGACAAAGUGAGUGUUCUUUACCCAUUUCUCACUCCCUAACUCCUCGAAAAAAGCAAAAUAACUAACAGAAAAACUCCCAGAUGUUUGCUGAGAUCGCACCGGGAUUCAAGCAAUACCCUUCCGCAUCAUACGAACUCAUCCAAGGAACAGCAACCGGUGUUGAUUCAACAGCUAAGACCGUUAGCAUACAAACCCCAAGUGGUGUGAAGGAACAAACAUAUACACAGCUCGUUAUUGCCACCGGAAGCCGAACAGCAUCAGAGAAUAUCCCAUGGAAGCAGAGCAUCGAGGGAACCGAGAAGACAAAGCAACUUCUUCACGAGUACCAAGAGAAAGUCCAGGCAGCAAAGAAUAUCGUGGUUGUAGGAGCCGGACCAACCGGUGUCGAGACAGCUGCGGAAUUAGCCUUCGAAUACAAGGGCAGCAAGGAAAUCACUUUGAUUACUGGAGGCGCAACCAUCCUUCCCGGGCUCCCAGCAAGCGUCAUCAAAGUUGCAGAGAACCAACUUAAAUCCAUGAAGAUCAAGAUCGUCGUCAACACCAAAGUCACGGACUCCGCUGUAAAGGAUGGAAAGACAGAACUUACUCUUUCAACCGGCUCAAAUAUGACUACCGACUUGUACCUUCCAACCAUUGGAAUCAUUCCCAAUACCGAGUUCUUGCCCGCAAGCAUCAAGGAUACCAAGGGAGAUGUGAAUGUGAAUGAGUUCCUUCAAGUCAAGGCUGUUGAUGGUGUUUGGGCUGCUGGGGAUGUCGUCAGUAUCCAACCUAAACAAAUGGCUUUCGCAGGUAAGUACUUUGAAACCACCCUUGGUUUCCCUCCAUAAAGAAAAUGUAAAGCUAAUGCAAUCUCCUAGCCGAACAAGCCAAAGCCCUCGCCAAGAACCUAGGACUCGUUCUCAAGAACCAAAAGCCAGUUGCCUACAAGAGCGAUACCGCACGUAAGUUUUCCCCCCUUUACUUCCCCCAAAUAAAAUAUUAACAUGGGAAAAGCAAUGAUCGCCGUCACCCUCGGUAAGUCCAAGGGAACCGGACGCAUGGGCAACAUGAAAUUACCCAGUAUCAUGGUUUGUAAGUCUACCUGUCCCUCUUCCCCCCCCAAAUCCCACCAUCCUAACAAAAAUUUCCAGGGUUCGUCAAAGGUCGAACUCUCUUUACGGAGAAACUCCCCAAGUAUGCUAGUGGUUCUGAGUUCUAG